CCCGCCGCGACGGCACUUGUCCCGGCCGCCGCCGCCGCCGGCCCGCCGCACCAGCACCAGCCCUGCCGACGACCCAUCCCGGCGAGGGCGCCACCCGGCGCUGCUCACCUGCGCGCCGAGGACGACGGGGACGUGCCGCAGGAGCUCGGGGAGGAGUGACCUGAGCACCCGGAUACCACCUUCCUGAGGAAGGAGUGCAAGUUACUCAACGGCUGCGGGCCGCUGGCCCCUAACCGCUCCACCAUGCGGACGGCGUGGACGCCGUUGGUCCUGACCGCCCUCGUGGCGUUGGGCUCUUGCCAGGACGACUCCCUGGCCUCCACCUUCUUCUCUGGACUCUUGGACACCAUCACCAACACGGCCGAGAGCAAGGACUGCCCCGGGGUGUGCGUGCACACCCUGGCCACGCUCAUCUGCUACCAGGUCCUGGAGGACGUGGCCUGCCCCUCGCCGUCGAUGAGGUGCUGCGUGGACCAGGCGCCCGCCAACCAGACGGCUGAGGAUGCUGCCCCGACUGCGAGCAGACCGACUGCAGCCCCUUCCAAGACUAAGAGGCCGCCGCCGCCGCCCCUGAGCACCACCACGACGACCACCACCACCACCACGCCGCCCAGCACGACGGCGGCCGCCAAGACCACCAAGAAGCCCGAGCAGAGCACCAAGGCGCCCGACGAGUAUGCCGCCGCCGCGGCCGACAGAGGGCCCCAAGCAGCCCGCGUCCUCGAUGCGCCCGCUGCACCGGCCGUGCAAGGGCGAGUGCGUGAGCGGGCUGUUCUCGCUGUUCUGCGACGAGGUCGACCUGGACGCCACCUGCCCCGGCGGGGACGACUCGUGCUGCAUCACCAACCCCGUGGAGGCCCCGCGUCCCCCGGGUCAGACGAGACCGGGCUCGCCGGCGUCGUCGCCCACGUCGUCGCCCACCACGACCACGACGACGAGGAGGCCGACCACGACCACGACGCACUCUCCCUUGCCGCGGUGCCCGGGCUUCUGCAUCAUGCACCUCAUGUCGGCCUUCUGCGAGCGGCCCAACGUGAUCGUGCCGCACACGUCCACGUGCACGCGCGGCUCCGUGUGCUGCGACAACCGGCCCCGCCUCCGACCCACCACCACCACGACCACCACGACCACCACCACGCCCGCGCCCAGGGACGACCGCCCGGACUGCCCUGGCUCGUGCAUCAUGACCUACCUGUCCUUCACCUGCUUCCGAAACGCUGAGAUGACGGAGCUGUUCAAGUGUCGCAAGGCCGGAACGCAGUGCUGCGCGCCCAAGUCCAUCAUCCACGAGACCCUGGACCAGAAGCUGGGCGGCGGCGGCGGCGGCGGCGGCCCCGGCGGCCCUGGCGGCGUCCCGGUCGGCGGCAGCGACGCCGACGGCGACACGAACCACCUCGGCGGCGGCAGCGGCCCGACCUCGGUGUCCGGGCUGGGGCCGCCCAAGUACGGGCCGCCGUCGCUGAACGCGCCCCCGCCGCCGGCCUCGAGCCGCAACGACACGGUGCUGCCGUACCGGCCGCCCGCGCGCCGACCCAUGCCGCCCCCGCUGCCGCCCCCGCUGCCGCCCUCGGCCGCGCACGUCCCCCCGGUCCCCGGGCCGCUCAUCACGCCCGUGGUCACGCCGCCGACGACCACCACCACGCAGCGGCCGCAGGUCUACAGCAAGUACGUGUGCGGCGUCAAGGGCACGGCGCGCGCGCGGCACCACGACGACGACGCGCUGGACAUGCACCGCCCGCCCGUCGUGUCCGAGACCUCGUCACCGUCGCAGUGGGCGCCGCCGCAGAUCGAGCAGGACCCCGCGUACGCGCCCGUGCUCCGCGAGGGCAGGAUGCUGGCGUCCAGGAACGCGUCGACGGCGGCGGCCCGCCGCGGCCGCGUCGUGGGCGGCGACGACGCCGAGCCGGCCGAGUGGUGCUGGCAGGUGGCGCUCAUCAACUCGCUCAACCAGUACCUGUGCGGCGGCGCUCUCAUCGGCACCCAGUGGGUUUUUACAUCGCCGUCCUGCUUCUCCCGCAGUAUCGUCCGCUCCGGCGACUCCAUCUACGUCCGCGUCGGCGACCACGACCUCACGCGCAAGUACGGGUCGGCGGGCGCGCAGACGCUGCGCGUCGCCACCACGUACAUCCACCACAACCACAACUCGCAGACGCUGGACCACGACGUGGCGCUGCUCAAGCUGCACGGCCAGGCCGAGCUCGGCGGCGGCGUGUGCCUGGUGUGCCUGCCCGCGCGAGGCGUCGGACAGACCGCGGGCAAGCGGUGCACCGUCACGGGCUACGGCUACAUGGGCGAGGCUGGCCCUAUCCCCCUGCGUGUACGCGAGGCCGAGAUCCCCAUCGUGAGCGACGCCGAGUGCAUACGCAAGAUCAACGCCGUGACCGAGAAGAUCUUCAUCCUGCCCGCCAGCAGCUUCUGCGCGGGCGGCGAGGCGGGCAGCGACGCGUGCCAGGGUGACGGCGGCGGACCUCUGGUUUGCCAGGAUGACGGCUUCUUCGAGCUGGCCGGCCUGGUGUCGUGGGGCUUCGGCUGCGGCCGCGUAGACGUCCCGGGCGUAUACGUCAAGGUGUCCUCCUUCAUCGGCUGGAUCAACCAGAUUAUCAGCGUCAACAAUCUGUAGAGGGGUAUUCACCCCUCAUGAGCGUUUAGACGGUCACAAAAUCAACUUUAGUUUCUCGCGAGUGUGUUCGCCUGGCGUGCUGUCGACGUUCGCUCUGAGGAGCUGGAAGCAGAUGGAAGACAUGUGAUAGAACAAGUGACUUCCUGCGGCCGGCCCCGCCUCCCCGACCCGAGGUGGGCCGAUCGUUGGUGAUUUGUGCCGUUGGAUUCCGAUUCUUUAUACCAGACGUCGUGGCACCUAGCUAACGAUACGCGGAAGACUUUUAGAUAUUUUCGACCGUUAUGGUCUUAUUUAGGGAGCGUUUCGAAAUUCGUUUGGACGCCUCCCUAAAAGGGAACCAGAAUGUGUUCAAACUUUGAACCUUGCCGUGCUCAGCAUGCACAGGAAUAUGGGUGGAACCUAAAGCUUUACUUUCCGAGAGUCAUAAUUUGUUUAUUACUUGAUGACUGAAAACACAGAGAACGUCCCGACAACGAGAAGUGGAGCGCGUGAAGUUUUCAUAAAACUGUUUAAGUGUCGUGUGGUUAAUGCGCGCAGAUAUUUAAAUUCCUUUUCUUGCUAAACCGAAUUUGAUUCGGUUAAUUUUCAAGUGGUGCAUCUAACUGGUACCAAGGUUGUGGCAAAGUGUACCUUUUCUUUACAAAAAAAUUAAUUAAUUCAAUGAAUUCAAUUCAAUCCACAUAUUUGGGCGCACUGCUCAAUAAUUGAAGUUUUUGUCUGAAUAGUUAUCUGUUAUCUAAACCGAGCAGCAGCUCCCCUGUGUAAACAAAAGGCUGCUUUACACUGUGUGUGUGUGUGUGUGUGUGUGUAUGUGUGUUGUGUGUGUGUGCGCGCGCGCCUUAGAGUGAAAAAAUGUUCUUGUGUGACUUUUACGAGAGUAUGAUUCGAAACGGGAGGGUUUGGUGGGUGUUAGGGUGGGUCGGUGCCAUCUAGCGCGCCUUUGUGUGAAAGAGUGUGAGUGUGUGAAUGUGUGUGAGUGCGCGCGCGACUGUGUCUGAGUGUGAGUUGCAUCAUUCCCACAAUAACACAGAAAACUCACUAUGGAGUCAGUUUUAGUUUUUGACUGUAUAUGAGGGUCACGGUGAGGAAUUUUCUGCCCAAAUUUUGAUCAACCGGUCGAAAUUUAGGCAGAAAGCCACUCGCCAUGAAAGUCAAAAAGUUCAAAGGGCCCACGGUGAGUUUUUAGUGUUUAUUGGGUUGGACCUUUCGAGCAAUGAGUCCUUUUUUAAAAAAUAUUAUUACUUUUGUACAUUCUGUAAUUCUUUUUAUAUAGUUUCGCUUUCCUCGUAGGCCUUCCCUCGUGGGUCACGAAAGCUUUGUGUAGUUAAAAUAAGCUAUUUUACAUUUGCACCAUGUAGAGCGGCACAGUAUUGUUGUUAUACCUAAAUUAUUAUUAUUAUUAUCAUUAUUAUUUAUAAUAAAUGAAAAUCUAAAUUAUUGA